CCGGCUCGGUAUCACUAGCCUGCUUGCCGCGGAAGUCCGCACUUCUCCGAGAACACUUAAUUCAUGGUUUUGUUUGCUUGAUCCUAUUUUUAUGUUUGUGAUUGACUGACUGAUCCUAUCAAAACUUGUGAUAAUUUGUAAAUAAAGCGUAGAAAUUUUGAAUUUUCGUGUUUACUACUCGCGAGGUCGCAGCACAAGACGACUUCCGGUGUGUCACUGCCUUGGAAAAAUCAGCACGAAACCUCAAAAAUGGCGAACCACUACGAGGUGCCCAACUGGGCAGGCAAGCCUCCAGUUGGGCUUCACUUAGAUGUUUUAAAAGUGGACAAACUUGUACAGAAAUUGAUGAUUGAUGAAAAGAAAUGUUAUUUAUUUGGUCGUAACCCUCAGAUGAAUGAUUUUGUUAUUGACCAUGCAUCAUGUUCAAGAGUACAUUCUGCAUUUGUUUAUCACAAACACUUGAAUCGAGCAUUUCUUGUUGAUCUUGGAAGCACUCAUGGUACAUUUAUUGGCAAUAUGCGUAUUGAUGCAAAUAAACCAACACAAUUGCCAAUUGAUAGCAUAUUUCACUUUGGAGCUUCAACUCGACGAUAUAUCUUGCGUGAGAGACCACAGACUGGUAGCCGACCUAUAAUGGAGGAAUUGGAAAGGUCUUCAGAAGAUGUUGAGGGUGAAGGUGGACUCUUAGGUCUUCCUGAAACAGAAACAGAACUUGAUAAUCUGACAGAAUUCAACACUGCACAUAAUCGGCGGAUUUCUAUGCUUGGUAUUCAAGAUGAUGAAAUUCGAAACUCCAGUAGGAAGAGGCGUAAGAAAGGUGUUUCAUUUAAUGAAGAUGAAGAAAUAAUAAACCCAGAGGAUGUUGAUCCAUCAGUUGGAAGGUUCAGAAAUCUGGUCCAUACAACAGUAGUCCCCACAAAGCGCUUAAAGACUGGAAUGGAAGGACCCCCUAGUAUGUCCAAUGAAGAAAGAAUCCAACUAAUGAAGCAUUUAACCCCCUCAUCUGUGAUGUCUCACCUGUACCGAGACUUACCUCCAGAGACAAACACUUCACCUCACGGUUCCCACCAUUCGGGUCAUGGUCCCCUCCUUUUCUCUUCAGCCAUGGCGUCCAGACUCGGUCUCCCUCUGCCCAACCCUGCUCCUGAUGUGGACAUGUCACAGGAGACAAGUGAGGCAAACGCUGCCUCCCUUCUUCCCAGUGGGCCUGCUGCUGCCCAAGCUGCAGAAGGCGGCUCACAAGAACCCAAGAAGAAAAAAUAUGCCAAAGAAGCUUGGCCGGGGAAGAAACCAAUGCCUGCUUUACUUGUUUAAUCCAAUUCAAUGUAAGUUUAAUAACAAAUCUGCAAAUCACUGCAGAUACAUUUUUUAACUGUUUUCUGCCCUUUUUUUUUUUUUUUUUUUGUAUAAUGAUUUGAACGAGUGUCAAUUUUCAGUGCAACCAUCACUUUUUGCUAUUUGUUAGUCUGUGAUCUGUCACGAUACAAGUGUGUUAUUGAAUCCAAAGUUUCUGUUCUGAUACAAUUGUUGCUGUACUGUUGUACUAUUGGUGAAUAUCGUGUUGAAUGAGCUCUCACAGACACAAGACUUAGUUCUUGGAAUAAUUUCAGAUUGUUUCAUAUGCUUCAACAGUUUUGUGGUCUGAAAAUAUGGGACCAUCUGUUAUUGUUAGUAUGUAAAUAAUGGUCUUAUUUUGUUAAAAUAUGAGAUGUACAGAGUGCUUCAUUGAUGGAACAUUCAAAGUACAAAUUUGUACAAGGUACAAAUAAACGCAUGCAGUAUGUCA